UUGUCUAAACCUCUCCCCAUCUCUCUCGCUCUCUCUCUCUCUCUCUAUUUCGUCACUGCUCUUCGUUUGGAGCGAAACGAAAACCGCCAUCGAAGACUUCACUCUCCAAUCAGUUCGAUCUCUGCUCUUCUCACCUACAACUACUACUUCGAUCAAACCAUUUCUCUCUCCUCUCUUAUCCACUGAAAUGCCUCUCAGACUUGAAAUCAAGAAAAAGUUCAUACAAAGAACUGAAAGAGUAAAAUGUGUGGAUAUACAUCCAACAGAAACAUGGAUACUUGCAAGUCUUUAUUCGGGAACUGUGUACAUAUGGGACUACCAGUCACAGACUAUGGUGAAGUCUUUUGAGGUGACUGAAUUGCCAGUUCGGUCAGCAAAGUUUGUUGCACGCAAGCAGUGGGUGGUUGCUGGAGCUGAUGACAUGAUUAUCCGUGUUUAUAAUUACAACACAAUGGAUAAGAUUAAAGUUUUUGAGGCACAUGCAGAUUACAUUAGGUGUGUGGCUGUCCAUCCAACACUUCCAUAUGUGUUGUCAUCAUCUGAUGACAUGCUAAUAAGACUCUGGGAUUGGGACAAGGAUUGGAUGUGUACUCAGAUUUUUGAAGGGCACUCUCACUAUGUGAUGCAAGUUACAUUUAAUCCCAAAGAUACCAAUACGUUUGCUAGUGCUUCACUUGAUCGCACAAUAAAGAUUUGGAAUCUUGGCUCCGCAGACCCAAAUUUUACAUUAGAUGCCCAUGUGAAAGGGGUGAAUUGUGUUGAUUACUUCACUGGUGGUGAUAAGCCAUAUCUAAUCACUGGUUCUGAUGAUCAGACUGCUAAGGUGUGGGAUUACCAAACCAAAAGUUGCGUCCAGACACUGGAAGGUCACACACACAAUGUUUCUGCAGUGAGUUUCCAUCCCGAACUUCCCAUAAUAAUUACUGGUUCCGAGGAUGGGACAGUUCGGAUAUGGCAUGCAACAACAUAUAGGCUUGAAAACACAUUGAAUUAUGGUCUUGAGCGAGUCUGGGUUGUUGGAUGCAUGAAAGGUUCACGUCGGGUUGUAAUUGGAUAUGAUGAAGGAGUCCUUAUGGUAAAAAUUGGUCGAGAAGAACCAAUAGUUAGCAUGGAUAGUAGUGGUAAGAUUAUAUGGGCUAAGCACAAUGAGAUUCAGACCGUGAAUAUUAAAAGUGUUGGAGCAGAUUUUGAGGCCUCAGAUGGAGAAAGAUUGCCUUUGGCCUUGAAAGAGUUGGGAACCUGUGACCUUUAUCCUCAAAGUUUAAAGCAUAACCCCAAUGGAAGGUUUGUGGUCGUUUGUGGAGAUGGAGAGUAUAUAAUGUAUACAGCUUUGGCAUGGAGAAAUAGAUCCUUCGGCUCAGCAUUGGAAUUUGUUUGGUCAUCGGAGGGAGAAUAUGCUGUUAGGGAAAGUACAUCAAAGAUUAAGAUAUUCAGUAAAACAUUUCAGGAAAAGAAGAACAUACGGCCAACAUUUUCCGUGGAGCAUAUUUAUGGAGGAGCCUUACUAGCAAUGUGCUCAAAUGACUUCAUUUGUUUCUAUGAUUGGGCUGACUGCAGAUUGAUUCGGCGAAUUGAUGUUAAUGUCAAAAAUCUUUACUGGGCUGAUAGUGGUGAUGUAGUUGCAAUUGCUACCGAUUCCUCUUUCUACAUGUUGAAGUACAGCUGUGACAUUGUGUCGUCAUACUUCGACAGUGGUAGGCCUGUUGAUGAACAGGGCGUUGAGGAUGCUUUUGAGCUUCUCCAUGAAAUAAAUGAGCGCAUCAGGACAGGAAUAUGGGUUGGGGACUGCUUCAUUUACAAUAACUCUUCAUGGCGACUUAAAUAUUGUGUUGGUGGUGAGGUAACAACAAUGUUUCACUUGGAUCGACCUAUGUACUUGGUGGGUUAUCUUGCUAAUCAGAGUCGGGUCUAUCUCAUAGACAAAGAGUUUAAUGUUGUUGGAUACACCUUACUUCUUGGCUUGAUUGAGUACAAAACCCUUGUAAUGCGUGGAGACCUUGAGCGUGCAAAUGAAAUUUUGCCUUCAAUUCCUCAAGAGCACUAUAAUAGCGUGGCUCGUUUUCUGGAAUCCCGAGGUAUGUUGGAGAAUGCACUGGAAGUUGCUACAGAUCCUGACUACAGGUUUGAUCUGGCCAUACAGCUGGGCAGAUUUGAGAUCGCAAAGGAAAUUGCUAUGAAAGCCCAGAGUGAAUCCAAAUGGAAACAGUUGGGAGAAUUGGCCAUGUUGACUGGCAAGUUGGAAAUGGCUGAGGAAUGUCUAUUGCAUGGAAUGGAUUUGAGUGGGUUGUUGUUACUCUAUUCUUCUCUUGGAGACACUGAAGGAAUAUCAAAACUUGCUUCCCUUGCGGAAGAGCAAGGGAAGAACAAUGUUGCAUUCCUUUGUUUAUUUAUGCUAGGAAAAUUGGAAGAGUGCCUCCGGCUGUUGUUGGAGAGUAACCGGAUACCUGAAGCUGCUUUAAUGGCACGAUCUUACCUUCCAAGCAAGGUCUCACAGAUAGCUGCAAUAUGGAGAAAUGACCUCAGUAAGGUUAACAAAAAUGCUGCAGAGUCAUUGGCAGAUCCUGGUGAGUACCCUAAUAUGUUUGACGACUGGCAGAUUGCUCUUGCUAUUGAGUCUAAACUUGCAGAAACAAGAGGCACUUAUCGUCCUGCAGAACAGUACUUAACCUAUGCUGAAAAAUCGAAAGUCAACCUUUUGGAAAAUUUCAAAAGCAUGCAUGUUGAUUAUGAGGAAGCACAACUUGAAAAUGGAGGAUCUGAUCACCAGGAACUGUUAGAAAAUGGAGAAGAUGGUGGCGAAGAAGAGCCUGUUGAGGUCGAUACUGACUCUACCAAUGGCACUGUACUUGUUAAUGGACACGAGGGUGAAGAAGAGGAUGGUACGAAUACUGACGGAACUCAGUCAGCCUAGAGGCAAUGGUUUGGGUUGUUCAAAAAUCAAAAUUUUUAUUCGGUGCUAGCGCCACAUCAUUAAGUCCCCAUCAGCACAGCAGAUUCCAGCUGCCAUGCAUCAUAAUCUUCUAGUAAUAUCACACGGGGGUCAUAGGAGCGAUCAAAUGGGACUGGUUGUCUUCUGUUGCUAGUGAUUUUAUAGCCUAAGGUAUCGUAUACACUUGGUAACCAUCUUUGAAAUCUCCUAUCUUCACAAUGUGUAUAACAUAACAAUAGAAAAUAUAUUUGGUAAUGAUAUACAAAUAGAAAAUAUAUACAAAAUAAUGUAAAAUUAUAGGCCAGCCGUAAAAACCCAUUCAAGUAUCAAAAUUUCCGUUUGGCACAUCAUUUUAGUAUGAUUUUGUAUUAAAAAUCUAGAAGACUAUCAUUUUCCUUCUUGGAAUGAUGUAAUUUGUGAGAAAUUCAUUUUCAAAUUUGUCGUUUAUAGAGAAAUCCUUGUGCAUUGGCACAGAGACUAUAAAA